GCGCCCCGCCCGGCCCUCGCGUCACGGCCGCGCCGGCGCCUCGGUUACGUAGUCAAGGCGCGCCCGGCCGUCGCCGCCGCCGAAGUUGUCUGCAGCGGCCACACAGCGCAGAGAUGUGCGAGCUGCGCGAGGACUACCCGGAGCCCGCGCCCGGGGGGCCGCCGCCGCCACGGCCCGGCCGUGAGCAGAAGUGUGUGAAGUGCAAGGAAGGCCUGCCUGUCGUGGUGAUCCGAGCGGGAGAUGCCUUCUGCAGGGACUGUUUCAAGGCGUUUUACAUCCACAAGUUUAGAGCCAUGCUGGGGAAGAACCGGCUGAUCUUCCCAGGAGAGAAGGUGCUCCUGGCGUGGUCUGGGGGGCCGUCGUCCAGCUCCAUGGUCUGGCAGGUCCUUGAGGGCCUGAGUCGAGAUUCUGCCAAGAGACUGCGUUUCGUGCCAGGGGUCGUCUACGUGGAUGAGGGAGCGGCCUGUGGCCAGAGCCCCGAGGACAGAGCACGGACCCUGGCGGAGGUGGCGCUGGUCCUGCAGGCGGUCCGCUUCCCGUGGCACGUCGUCGCCUUGGAGGAGGUGUUCGGCCUGCCGCCCUCCGUGCUGCGCUGCUCUGCCCGGGAGCCCACGGGGCCUGAGGGGGCCUACAAGGCAGCCGUGGACAGUUUCCUGCAACAGCAGCACGCGCUGGGGGCCCGCGGGGAGGAGCCGCGGAGCCAGGCCCGUCCCCGGGACCCCCAGAGCCCCGCUGAGCCCCCCGCAGCCGCCCAGACGGAGGCUCUGUCCAGACUGUUCAGCUCGGUGAAGACGCUGACGGCCAAGCAGGAGCUCCUGCAGACACUGCGGACCCACUUGAUCCUGCACGUAGCCCGGACCCACGGCUACUCCAAGGUGAUGACGGGGGACAGCUGCACCCGCCUGGCCGUCAAGCUCAUGACCAGCCUGGCGCUGGGGAGAGGGGCCUUCCUCGCCUGGGACACGGGCUUCUCAGAUGAGCGACACGGUGACGUGGUGGUGGUGCGGCCCAUGCGUGAGCACACGCUGAAGGAGGUGGCCUUCUACAACCGCCUGUUCGCCGUCCCCUCUGUCUUCACGCCGGCCGUCGACACCAAGGCCCCUGAGAAGGCCAGCGUCCACCGGCUGAUGGAGGCCUUCAUCCUCAGGCUGCAGGCCCAGUUCCCCUCCACGGACAAGCGAGAAGCUGGUCAAGGCCCCCAGGGAGAGCUGGGCCGCUGGCCCCCGCGGCCCCCGCUGCCUGCUCUGUCUGUGCGUGCUGGACGUCGACACGGCUGGUCUGUCCCCGCCUGCGUGGGGUGCGGGGGGGAGAGCCCGGGUGAGCGGGCGCUGGGGUUCAGCGGCCCCCGAGGUCCCCUCAGCUCCUCUCUGCUUGCAGACAGCGCCACAGCUUUUGGGGCUCAGACCUCCUCGCGUCUCCCCCAGACGCAGCCCCGUGUGGUACAGGCCGGGGCGCCCUGCGUGUCCUGCUGCUGCACAGGGAUGGGUGGGGCCCGCGGCUGCUGUGCAAGGGAGGACCCCCGGGCCCAGGUGGUCGAGCAGCUGUGCUACGGCUGCCGCGUGAACAUGAAGGACUUGCCCUCCCUGGAGCCCCUGCCACCCUACAUCCUGGCCGAGGCCCAGCUCCGCAGCCAGAGGGCUGAGGCCAGGCAGGAGAUCCAGGAGCGCCCGCAGGAGGACAGUGCAGACGACGCGCCAGCAGGCGAGAGCUGAGCCCAGCCUCAGCCCGUGCCGCGGAGGAAACAGCAAGGCGUGGACAGGCGGGUGGCGUGUGGUCGCCUGUUCAUAUAAAUAAAGAUGUUUUAAUU